AUGUCCCCUACUGGAGGGACUGGCACAUCAUCUACUCCGCCACGCGCAAAUGGACCAGUUGAAGGUGAUCGUAAAUUAGAGUCCACCCCAAACAGUCGUGGAGCUUCAGUCGUCAGUGAGAACAUCAGCUUGGUCCAUCUGACACCAAUGUGGUCCCUGUCACCAGUGAGGUACUUGUGGAGAAAUACGGGAACUUUCAGGAUGGGAUGGUGGCCAAGAUAUUUUGGGGAGAGGCGGAUCGCACUAUACGUUCACGCAUCUACGUUUGCCACCCGAGAAGCGCUCGGUGUUCUGAAACCCACUACGGGGAGUCGCGUGCUCUACAUUCUCGUAUUCCGCAAGCUCAACCCAAUCACGGAGCUCCACGCCAACCAGCUUUUCGAUUUGUGGCACCAAUGUAUUUUAUAUCCCAAGUUCAAACUUGAAGAUAAUUGCACCGUCUACUUCUUCCUGGACGUGCCACUAUCAGCACCUUUGCGUACACCACAGUCAAAUUGUGCGGUGAGCGAUUUCCCGGCAAUGACGGCCAUCACUGAUGUAUAUAAGCUGCUAGACGUCAUGAAGAUCCAGUUCACUUACUACCUUUCCAUCCUUGCCGCUGCGGUCGGGGUGAAUGCAGCUUCUGCUGAUUCAUGCAUUUAUCGGUGCCAAGGUCCUCCACACGUUUACUGCGAGGAAGGUGACGAAAUCGUCUGGGAUAGCACCCUAAAAUGCAACAUCUGCUGCGCCGGUAUCUAG